GAUCCUGCACUCCCAGAGAUCUCCACUUGCACUCCUUGAGGGCUCCACCCUCGAUAGAAAAGCAGAAAUGUCAGCUUGGCUCUUCUGUAGGCUGUGGAAAGUCUCCAACCUAACUCUGUUCCAAAUGAUGUUGGUCACUGUUUUGUUGGCUACCGUUCUUGGUGACUGUGGUCCUCCACCCAAGUUACCAUUUGCUUCUCCAACGAAUCUGUUGUAUGAUACUGAAUUCAAAACUGGAACUAUUCUGAAAUACACCUGCCACCCUGGAUAUGGUAAAAUCAAUUCAAGUCGACUGACUUGUGAUGCCAAAGGCUCAUGGAGCUACAGUAUCUUUUGUGCAAAGAAACGGUGCAGAAAUCCAGGAGGAUUAAUCAAUGGGAUAGUGGAAGUUAAGAAAGAUCUUCUCCUUGGUUCAACCAUAGAAUUCAGCUGCUCAGAGGGAUUUUUCUUAAUUGGCUCAACCACCAGUCACUGUCAGAUCCAAGGUAAAGGAGUUGACUGGAGUGAUCCUCUCCCAGAAUGUGUAAUUGCCAAGUGUGAGUCCCCUCCAGACAUCAGAAAUGGGAAGCACAACGGUGGAGAUCAAGAAUUCUAUAUAUAUGCCUCUUCUGUCACCUAUAGCUGCAACCCCCACUUUUCACUCAUAGGCAACGCCUCCAUUUACUGCACGGUGGAGAAUAAAACAAUAGGUGUCUGGAGCCCAAACCCUCCUAUCUGUGAAAAAAUUGUCUGUCGUCAACCACAGAUUCCAAAGGCAAUCUUUAUUUCUGGAUUUGGACCCCUCUAUACUUACAGAGACUCUAUUGUGAUUAACUGUGAGGAAGGUUAUAUCCUCAGAGGCAGCAAUUUAAUCUAUUGUGAAGCGAAUAGUGACUGGUAUCCUUCUGUUCCCUCUUGUGUAUCCAAUGGUUGCAUCAACCUCCCGGACAUUUCCUAUGCUUCCUGGGAGAGAAAUGACUACAACCUAAGUGAUCAAGAAAUAUUUGAAAUCGGAACUGAGUUGAAAUAUCUGUGCAAACCUGGCUAUAGACCUGUUCUAGAUGAGCCUCUGACUGUGACUUGUCAGGAAAAUUUGACAUGGACAUUUUCCAACGAGUGUGAGAGGGUGUGUUGCCCAACACCAGACCUGGAAAACAUCAGAAUCAUAAAUGAAAGGAAGUAUUUCACUGGUAGAUGUGCCUAUGCCUAUGGGGACUAUAUUUUAUAUAUGUGUGAUGAAGGCUAUUACCCUAUUUCUGUUGGUGGGAAGAGUUCAUGCCACACAGAUGGCACAUGGAAGCCUAAAAUACCAGCAUGUGAGCCAGCUCUGUGUCUGAAACCAGAAAUAGUGAAUGGAAGGCUGUCUGUGGAUAAGGAUCAGUAUGUUGAGCCUGAAAAUGUCACCAUCCAAUGUGAUUCUGGCUAUGGUUUGGUCGGUCCCAAAAGUAUCACUUGUUCAGAGGAAAGAACCUGGUACCCAGAAGUGCCCAGAUGUGAGUGGGAGGUAUCUGAAGGUUGUGAGCAAGUGCUCACAGGCAGAAAGCUCAUGCAGUGCCUGCCAAGCCCAGAAGAUGUGAAAAUGGCCCUGGAGGUGUAUAAGCUGUCUCUGGAGAUUGAACAACUUGAAAAAGAGAGAGACAAAUUGGUGAACACCCAUCAGAAAUUUUCUGAAAAAGAGGAAAGAAAGGACUUAUUUUUUCCUUUAAAUCAAUACACAGAAUCUUCAUUCAACUCUACUCUUCCUUAAGCACCAUCACUCUAAUAAGUGUCUGGGCUAGGAAAACUUUCUUAUUACUGCUAGAGAAAAUGUGUAAUUAUUGGUAAUCUAGCCUUUUGUUGUGCAUAUGUCUACUUUCCUGGACUUGAAGUACUGGUUAAUUAAAUAAUUAUUUAUCAAA